AUGGCGACAUUCGACCGCAAUCUUUGCACUCUGGCUACUUGUAGCGUGGAGAAGUUCGGCUGGUACCACUACGUUCCCAAUCUUGGAGCCAACGCCUUUUAUCUCGCCGUCUUUGCCAUCUUCGCCAUUAUUCAGCUCUACUUGGCUAUUAGAUACAGGGUUUGGGGCACUUUUGCUCUUGGACUUGUGCUCGGUUGCGUUACAGAGGCGGUUGGCUAUGCUGGUCGCGUUAUGCAGGCCCGAGGGGAUGGUAUUUUCAAGAAAAGAUACUUUGUGAUCCAGCUCGUAUGCCUUACCAUCGCGCCCGCUCUCAUCUCUGCUCCGAUUUAUCUCUCCCUUGGCCGAGUCGUCAAAGCAUACGGAAGACAGUUCUCUCUCAUGUCACCCAGAACCUAUGCAGUCAUUUUCAUCUGCUCUGAUGUUGUCUCGCUGAUCCUCCAAGCUAUGGGUGGAGGUCUUGCCGCUACUGGAAAGACACAGAAGAAGGUCGACACUGGCGUGCACAUUCUGGUAGCAGGAUUGGCCUAUCAAGUGCUUUCCUUGGCUGUCUUCAUUGGUCUGGCGACUCAUCUUUGGUCUCGCGUCCGACGCAUGGGCACUAAAGACGCUAACCCCCGAUUUACCGAACUACGAGCUUCUCGACAGUUGAAGUCAUUUAUCUGGGCUUUAAGCAUUGCUACCAUUACCAUCACAAUCCGUUGCAUAUAUCGUGUAGUUGAGCUCUCUGGUGGCUUCAAGUCUGAGGCUGCCAACGAUGAACCUUCUCUCAUGGUCCUUGAUGGUCCCAUGAUCAUGGCAGCCCUCCUUGCACUGACCGUCUGCCACCCAGGACCCCUGUUCUUUGGAGACUGGAAGCGACUGGGUCAGGACUCUGGAUAUCCUGAAAUCGGCAAGGAGAUUAAGCAGGUCAAGCAGGAUGUUGAGCAUAAGUAG